UCCUUGUAUAUAAUAAUGUGUAUAUUCACUCUAAUACAGAACAACGUGACAGCUCUCCUCAUAGCCAGUUACAGUGGACAUGAUGAGGUGGUGAGGGUCCUCUUAGCAGCCAAGGCUACAGUCAACGCUCAAACCAAGUUGGGUCAGUCUCCUCUCUGGGCAGCCAGUUGCAAUGGUCACCUGAAGUGUGUAGAGCUUCUAAUCAAUGCUGGAGCCAAUGUUGAUAUACAAGAUGAGGACAACGUGACAGCUCUCCACGCAGCCAGUAGCAAUGGACAUGAUGAGGUGGUGAGGGUCCUCUUAGCAGCCAAGGCUACAGUCAACACUCAGAGCAAGUCGGGUCACUCCCCUCUCUGGGCAGCCAGUUGCAAUGGUCACCUGAAGUGUGUGGAGCUUCUAAUCAAUGCUGGAGUCAAUGUUGAUAUACAAGAAGAGGACAACGUGACAGCUCUCCUCAUAGCCAGUUACAGUGGACAUGAUGAGGUGGUGAGGGUCCUCUUAGCAGCCAAGGCUACAGUCAACACUCAAAACAAGUUGGGUCAGUCCCCUCUCUGGGCAGCCAGUAUCGAUGGUCACCUAAAAUGUGUGGAACUUCUAAUUGAUGCUGGAGCCAAUGUUGAUAUGCAAGAAGAGUCUGGUCAGUCCCCUCUCUGGACAGCCAGUUUCGAUGGUCACCUGAAGUGUGUGGAACUUCUAAUCGAUGCUGGAGCCAAUGUUGAUAUGCAAAAAGAGGAUGGAACCACUGCCCUAUAUGUAGCUGCUCAGAAUGGUCACUUGAGGGUAGUUGAAGUGUUGAUUGCAGCUAUGGCUCAGGUUGACAUUCAACAGAAGGAUGGGGGCACAGCAUUGCACGUAGCCUGUCAGAAUGGUCAUUGUGAAGUGGUGGAGUGCUUAGUGGAGAGAGCCCACUGUGACACCAUUGUAAAAAGUAAUGAUGGCACGACUCCCCUCCACACUGCUUGCUACGGUGGACACAAAGAUGUGGUACAGUACAUGGUGGAGAGAGCCCACUGUGACAUCAGUGUAACUGAUGCUAGAGGUAGGACUCCACUUGACUGGGCAAUGCAGUGGGGUCACACUGAAACCAUCGAAUAUCUUCAGUCUCUUGGGGCACCAUCUGGUGCUCCCAGUCAGAGCACUGACCCUCCAGUCGGCCAGCAGCCUCAAGGGUUGUUGAACAAGCUACAAUCACCCGCUAUUCAACGGUCAGAGCGCAUAUCCCGAACAGUAAACGUGAUUAAUACUCUACACAAGCUUAUGGGCAUCACUCGUAAAAAAGCUAAACAAUUGUUUUCUCGGAGAAGCAAAGAAAAAAAGGAGUAUCUCAAAAACAAGAGUGAUCAAAUCCUGGCCGAGCGCGAAGGGCUGCCUCUAGGGAGUUAUCAAGAUGUUAUAUUGUCUCCUCAUCUACCAACUGGAGGCAUGAGUCAACCGCAAGAAUCCAAACACAGUUUUGAUCUCCCUGGUGUUGAAGCUGUAGCCCACACUCACGUGAUUGUCACCAACUCGUCCCAAACCUUCGUCUGGGAUGGCCAUGGGUUCAAACUCCACAUACCCCAGGACUCCUUGCCAGCUGGUGUUGACCAGUGUCAACUGGACAUCAUGGCCAGUGUAGCUGGAGAGUAUCAGUUUCCUGACAAUCUCCAGUUGGUCAGCGGUGUCUACUGGUUGCGUCCUCAUCCCCCGGGUUCAUUCCAGCAGCUGCUAACAGUCGAAAUACAGCACUGUGCCAAGAUGACUGGCUCCACUAAGCUCUCAUUUGUAAGAGCACUUUGCUCCCAGGAGAGUCUGCCGUACACAUUCAAGCAGCUCAAAAGACGUGGCUCGUUCGCUGAUCAGACAUCGUACGGUUCACUGGAGCUGUCUCACUUCAGUGGACUGGCGGUGACUGGAGAGGAUGUGGACAGAGAGUACACUGCCAGCCUCUACUACCUUGGGUCAGAGCUGCAUAGCAGGGAAAUACAUUUUGUUGUCAGCUGGAAUGAUGAGAUUCAUAGAACACGUGUGAGUGAGGAGUACUCCUCUAAAGAAGCCAUUCUCGGAGUGGAUCAUAUCGUUGAGUUUGAGGAGGACAGAAUAACACUGGAUAUUCCUAUGACUGGUGCUGAAGUCAGUGGAGGGUGGAGAAUAACGCCAAUGUUCCAUCCUACCGUCACCAAGAAGCAUGUUGAUCAGUUCAAGCCUGGACAGAGAAUUCCGCACUGCCACUUAAAUGCUGAGCUGACAAUCAACGAUGAGAUGUCUCCUGCCAAGCUACUCCACCAAGUCAAGCUAGUGGGUGCAAAGUUUCCCUACAACAUCGUCACUCUUAACCUGGUCCUCCAACGAAGUCUUUCAGGAGCCGCGGCUACUAAAUGUUUCAUUUUGCUGGAAGAGGAGGCUACAAUUCAAGAGAGGCCACUGUUCAAGAACGGCGUUUAUUAGCUCCAGAUAAUUUAAUUUGUCAUCAAAAGUUGUUUUCACCUGCAUAAACUUGAACUCUGCCAUGAGAAAGUCUUUGUGAAGCACUAACAAGCUGCUAUACUUGUAGCUACUGUAAGAUCUCGAUUUAAAGCAACACAUUUUAAUAAUUACGAAGCCAGAGGUCGCUUCUUUUGGAGGUUGAAAAAUUAUAUUGAAACCCUGGUGUCGCAUAUUUAGAGGGUCGCAUCUAAUUGUACAGAGUGUACUUGCCUCGAUUUUGGGCCUCUUAAAAACACUGAUUUUCCAGUGGGCUACAAUUGAGGCUAGGGAGUUUAUUUAGAAUUUAGAACGCGACAUUCAAAAAAUAAUUGUCAACGCAGCUGUCGCUACUUUUAGAGGUCAGAAAAUUGCUGAAGCUCCUAGGUGUCGCAUAUUUAUUGGGUCGCCUUAAAUCGAGAUCUUACGGUACGUACAUGUAGCUAGCUGCUAGUAAUAUAUUUUUUUGGCUGCCACGUGCAGAAAUGCUAGAGUCAAACUUCACUGAGGCUACUAUUUGGGAGCGGCUACUAAAUGUUUUAUUUUGCUAGCAAGGGAGGCUACUAUUUGAGUGCGGCCUUUAUACAAGAGCGGCCUCUGAUCGAGCAUAUACGUUUCUCUGUCGAUUGUAUUAAUGCCUCGGGUGUACAUUGCGCAGUGAGGUAUACGGUGGUGUGUGUGUGUGUGUGUGUCUAUGUAGAGUGUUAACAGUUGCUCAAUGAUAAAUGAAGUGCAAGUAAGAGUUUCACGUUUUCUUGGAUGGAUUUGUAAAAUAAUACUUCGUUCUCGAGUUGUAUAAGACCUAUAGGUUUGCUUACUUGGAUUGCCAUUUCAGAACAGAUUACGUGUAGCAAAAUUUGUCCAUAGUGUUGCUACUCUACUUAGUAGUAUAGCUCUGCACUAGAACGUUGGCUGCAUGCAGCCAUUAAUUACAAUUAUGAACUUGAACUUUUCGCAUCCGUCGAUCAAUUCCCACUUUUUUAUGUAAAAGUUCAGCUUUGUGCUUGGUGCCUCCACCAAGGCAUCAGCAUCAUAAUAAAAGCACCUGAUGCCUCGGUGCAGGAAACGAUCGAUCAUGAUUGUUUCUAAAACGGAUCCCAAAGUCCACAAAAAUUAAUGGAUGCAUGAAACAGCUACUGAGUGCUUACUAAGUAGAGAAGCAACACUCCAACAAGUUGGACAAGUUUUGUUACACACUCUUUUGAAGCGUAUACUGAUUCCUCUGUAGAGGUAACAAACAUGAACUUUUAAAAUUUACAUUGGUGCAAAAAGUGAGAAAUGAUCGACCAUGAUCGUUGUUAAAACGGAUGCCAAAAGUUCAAAGUCCACAAAUUAAUGGAUGUAUGGAUGUAUGAAAGUGCUAGUGCAGAGCUGCAUGAUUACAAAGUAGAGAAGCAACACUCCAACAAGUUGGACACGUUUUGUUACGCACUCUUCUGAAGCAUUCAAAGUAAGCAAAACUAGGCAUAACUCGAGUAUUUUGCAAAUCCACAAAUUUCUAUCCAAGAAAACGUGACUAGAAGCCUGUAGAAACUCUUACUUGCACUUCUGAAUCAUUGAUCCUUGAGCAUUUCCUGCUCCUGUGUCAUCAGUAAUCAGUACUAUUUUGCCAGAAACCGCACAUGCCCAUGCAUAGAUUUAUAGCAACACGUAUACGUCACC